AUGGCUUCUUCUUCAGCUUCAAUAUCGCUGCUGAUCUCUCUUUUGCUUGGGUCUUUCAUGGUUUCUACAGCCAACUUAUACCAAGACUUGGACAUCACAUGGGGAGACGGCCGAGCUAAGAUACUCAACAAUGGCGACCUUCUCACUCUCUCACUUGACAAAGCAUCAGGCUCAGGCUUUCAAUCCAAAAAUGAAUACUUGUUCGGAAAGAUCGACAUGCAGCUCAAGCUUGUCCCCGGAAACUCAGCCGGCACUGUCACCGCCUAUUAUUUAAGCUCACAAGGAUCAACUCAUGAUGAGAUAGACUUUGAGUUCCUAGGGAACUUGACUGGUGAACCGUAUAUUCUUCACACCAAUGUGUUCAGCCAAGGCAAAGGCAACAGAGAGCAGCAAUUCUAUCUAUGGUUUGACCCCACUGCUGAUUUCCACACCUAUUCCAUCCUUUGGAAUCCCCAACGCAUUAUAUUUUCUGUGGAUGGAACACCAAUCAGAGAAUUCAAGAAUGCCGAGUCCCUUGGCGUUGCAUACCCAAAAAACCAGGCAAUGAGGAUUUACUCAAGUCUGUGGAAUGCUGAUGACUGGGCCACACAGGGUGGUCGGGUCAAGACAGAUUGGACACAAGCUCCAUUCACUGCCUCUUACAGAAACUUCAAUGCUUCCAAUGCCUGUGUAUGGUCAUCUGGUUCAUCUUCUUGUAGUUCAAGCUCUUCUUCAUCUUCAACCUCUUGGCUGAGUGAAGAAUUGGAUUCCACUAGCCAAGAGAGGCUAAAAUGGGUGCAGAAGAACUAUAUGAUUUACAACUAUUGUGCUGAUACACCGAGGUUCCCACAGGGCUUCCCUCCUGAAUGUGCUCUCAACACCUCAUCAUAA